GAAAAAUGUGACCACUUGACAGCAUGUCUGCUCAUAUCCUCCAAGCUAGGUAGCAGUUUGAAGCCAUCCAGACCUACAGACAAGAUUACACAGAGACCAAAGACUGCUAUGGCUGCUCUAGGAGGGAAUCUAUGGGAUCCAUAUGAAACAUCAAUGAAUCGGGACUACCCAACGAAAGUCUGCUCUCCAACUAUUGCUGUACGCCCUAAGACCUCUAAAAGCUACAGGAACCCAUACUAUUUGUGUGAUCCCAUUGGAAUAAGCAUGUACAGUGAUGAAUUUGGCUGGAAACCCUAUUCCAAAACGGAACCUAUCAGAGCUGCAACAUCAUCAGGAGCCAGAAAUCACCGGCCUCACCCUGACAAGACUUUUGCAGCUUGGCGAUUACCACAUCAAGAGAAAAACAUUUCAGAAGACAGUCGCUCAACUUGGAUUAAGCCGCCAUCUAUUGCAGAGGUCCAGAGAGUAAUGACAGCCCAGUAUCUCACUACAUAUAAAGGGGACUAUCUAGGAAUACCACAAGGUUAUCAAAUUAAAUAUGCUAUAGAUGCUCCACCAGACUGGAGAAAAGAAAUCCCAAAACCUCUAGCCACUGAGUCUCGAUUUCAUUAUCAAGUUCAGCCUCGUGCUCCAGAAUUAGAUGACGUCACUCACAAAUACGGAUGUUACUCAACCAAGCACAUCGCAGCAAGGGGAGUUAUUCCUGCUGUGACAUAUGCUCAUAUCCGAAACCAACAAAACAGAACUCAGCUGACCACGUAUCAGAGACAUUUCGGAAAGGAGUAUGUUGACCUUUCUGGUCUUGUAGCUUCACUGGAUCCCGCAGAGCUGGCCUGCUAUCUAAAGAGUGUCCCUAAUGAAGAAAAAAGAAUGCUUGAAAAGUUUCUGUAA